AUGGCGGCUAAAAGUAAUCGUCAGUUGUUGCCAAUAGUCUUAAUCAUUUCAAUAUUACCUUUAACUAGUGCGAAUCUGUUUCCUUUAGUAAAUAAAACGUGCACUAGUACUCAGUACUAUGAUAUAGCAACUUUACAAUGCAAAAACUGUGGUCUCAAUCAAGAACGAAGUAGUGAUGGUACCUAUUGCAUCUGUCUCAAUGGUUACAGAAUUUUAAGUGAUAAUGGAGGACCACCAACAAGCUCCCUGCAGUGUCAAAAAUGCCCAACAAAUACAGCCUCUUCUACUGAUCGUAGAGAUUGUAUUCGAUGCAGCAGUAGUAACCCUUUUGAUUCAGCAACUCAGGCCUGUCGAAGCUGCCCUGCUGGCGAUAUAUCGAACGUUAGAUUUAGAAAUAUCAGCAUUGGUAGUACUUUUAGCGUUGUUCCUGUCCUAGAAUGUUCCACAUGUGGUGAUAGCUAUCAACCUGAUAUCACACGGCAAAAUUGUGUCCGAUGCGAUGAGUACGUCCUUAAUUUAACUUCAACAUGUGUAUGUUCUAACGCUCCUGGUACCUAUAUACAGUACGGUGGUGUAUGCUUUGAUACAGGAUCUAGUAACAACAUUGUUGUGCCUUCUUCGUCAUCAAUGACUAUUACGUACGAGGAUUCACAAAGCACAAGUGUGGUAUCCUAUUACCUUAGUGAAAAUUUAUUAGCUGCGAAAACGUUAUGCCAGCAAAAUUUUAACUACACCGCCUGCCAGCUCUUGGCUAACCUGUGUGUUGUCAACCACUAUUUUCGAUUUCCUGCAGAUGGAGCUUGCGCUUCUUACUAUACCUUAGGCAAUAAUCUCGUUACACAAAAUAGAAUUUCUAAUGGAAUUUUAGACUGGCCAGCUGACUUGCCCUGGCUGUAUUAUUUCACGGCUACAACUGCUACACCAGUCCUAACUGCAACUUACAUAACGACUAGUUAUUCCAUGAGACCGUCGGCCACGCUUCCUUCAAGAUUACAAUUUGCCUUUGGGAAAUACUACUUAAAUGGCACAUUUUCUAACUUAGAGUUAACAGAUAUCCCUUUUCAGCUAUGCCCUGAUUCACAAGGAAGAGCACAAGCAGCCUUUGACUUUGGAGUCACAUAUUCUAUUACAGUAAGCACCGACGAAAGCGCCUGGGUACCAACGCGUCGGUUCUUUAUUAUCGACAACUAUAGCAGUAAACCAACAAGUACCGAUUCUCCUCGAGUUAUACGCUAUCCUAAGAGUAUUAAUUUAAGGAUAACAUUGCAGGGUAGAGCUAGUGCUGGAAAGAUCUAUCCACCUCUACUAAUAAUUAAUUAUGCAGCCGUUAAAACUAGUGAUUUGACGGCAACAACAAUACAGACAUCGUUUACGGUUUCAUAUGUCACGCAAAAUCCGGAAUAUCAAAAUAAUGUCAAUAUUGCUUGCAUAGUGACUGGGUGUCUUACAAUAAUAUAUUGCAUAAUCAAAAUUAUCGGCUGGAGACGGCGUUGUGGACGGUUUAGUGCUAUCAAUGUAGACGAUGUUCCAGAUGAAUCCAUCAACAGUCAGACUAUGGUAAAAUUCUUCGCUCUAUUUCUUGGCUAUAUGGCAAAUUGUCUAUUCAUCAUUUUAUUUGGUACUAGCGUAUAUUAUUUAAUGUUUUUUAAGGGUCAAGAAGCAGCUUAUUUAGUCUUACCAUCUUCUACCGAGCGUGGCUAUUUCUCCAUCUUGUUUGCGAUUGCAUUUGCGUUUAAAGCCUUGGACUUAUUACAUAUUAUAUGGACUCAAACAAGCAUUGACAUCUUUUUCAUUGAUUGGGAAAAACCUCGCGGAAGUGCAGGCGAAAAUAGUGAAAGUAAUCGUGCUAAUGUGCCCAUUAGUAUCUGGAGGACAUACUUCGUAGCUAACGAAUGGAAUGAAAUACAGACGAUGAGAAAAAUCGAAAAUACCUUUUUAAUUUUUGCUGUCUUAUUCUUUUUGGAGGUAGCAGGAUUUAAAAAUUUAGCUACCAACAAUCCAGCAACCGGUGUAGUAACAACCGCUGAUGAAUAUGUUGGCUCUCCUAGCCCGCUCUUACGCUUUGGGAUUGCGUCGAUUUGCUUCUUGGUGAUUGCAUUUGUCCAGUGGGUGUUUUAUACAUUCAUUUACGAACGCUUUAUUGAGGAUAAAAUUGCCCAAUUUGUUGAUCUUUGCUCAAUGAGUAACGUGAGCAUCUUCAUCAUGUCGCAUAUUCAAUUUGGUUACUAUAUUCAUGGUAAAUCUGUUCAUGGUCACGCAGAUACUGAUAUGAAAGAAAUGUUUGAACAAUUAAAACGUGAAGAGGAUAAUCUUUGCGGUCAGAGAGGAUUACUGCCAAGUUCUGAUGUUCAAACCUUUCAAAUGGCGUUACCUAGACGAUUAAGAAUUCAAUACGAUAAAAUUCUAAAACCCUUACAGGAGGAAGCAGACAAAUCUAAAACACAGAGAGGGAAAGGUCCUGCAGAUCCGCGCAGUAAUACUUUGGACAUUCAGGAUAAAAUUGAAGCAUACAAGACAAUAAAUACAUUUCUUUCAAAUUUUGUUGAGCACUCCUUGCGGCACUUAGACUAUGUUGUGAGAGAUAAGCUGAUGUUGGAAAGGUUGCUUGAUAUGGAGUUUAAUUCUCCAAUAGAAAAAGGUUGCUUCUAUAGCGACGAAUCUCAUACAUUUGAUCGCGUACUCUUUUACGGAAACGAAAUAAGUUUGCUGGUAUUUGACAUACUACUCUUUGGAUUGAUUGAUUUCCAUGCUACUAAUUUUGUUCUUGCUGGAGCUAUAACAUACAUUGUCGACAUGGUUAUUGCGGCAAUUCGAGACAAUUGGGGCAGAACUAAUCUAGCUACGAAGACUUUAGUUGAUGAAAGAUUCUUAAUUUAG